UUAUUAUUAUGUAUUUUAUAACCUCGUGUUUGUUUAUACUGUUUUAUUCAUUCAGAUAUUUUUAUAGUAACUAGUGGUAAAUAUUUAUUGUUCGUUGACAGUUAAUAAGAAAUCCUUGUUGAUCAAGCAGUUGUUCGCAGUAAAUCAUUCAUUGUGUCUUCCAGUCAUAGAGUUACACAGAACUAUAACCGUCUAUUGAAAAUAUAUGAACAAAAUUAUCUUAGUUUGAGUCUCAUCAAUAGUUACUAACGAAAUCCUGAAAAUAAUCAUCCAAACAUGGAAGUAGAACAAUCAAACGUUUUACCUUACCAACAAAUCCGGGAGAAAAUAAUGCAAGGAUCCAUGGACGUCAACACUAGAUAUCCAGGAGCUGAAGAUCCGUCAGUUCUACAGUUGGCCAUCAAAAAACAAGACACCGAGUUAAUUGAUUAUCUUUUGAAGAACAAUGCUGACGUGAAUAUCGUUUCAGAAUCUUGUGAAUCUGCACUGAACCUCGCCAUUCGUGCAAACAAUUCAGAGUUGGUUAAGAAAAUCAUUCUUCUGGUCGCUGAUCUGAAUUUCAAGUCGUAUGAUUAUGGCGAAGACUAUGACAAAUAGCCGAAAGACUUCGACGAGAAAACCUUUAAGAUGCAACAAAAGUUUUUCGCACAAUUUGAUGUGCCAUUAAGAGAACCACCGAAGCCAAAAGGAGCGGCUCUUAAUUUGGCAAUAACAGUUGGAAACAUGGAAAUUAUCAAGACGUUACUGGAUGCAGGAGCUUAUAUUGAUCCCUCGAACGGUCUUAGGCCUCUGCAUUGGUCUAUUGCUUUAAAUAAAUACGAGAUUGUCGAGUACUUGAUAAAACGCGGAGCAGACAUCAAUGCUCGUUGUGAUACCAAAAAUCCAGUACAUGUUGCUGCUGAAAAAGGGCACAAAGAAAUUCUUGAAUUGCUUAUUGAUCAUAAUGCGAUUAUUGAUCCUCGGGCUAUUCAUGAUGCUAUUCAAGAUGCUCUACAAAAUCGUCAUUUUGAAAUUGUAAAAAUUUUGUUAGAUACAAGUGCAAAAUUAUAUCCACUGAGGAUAUGCUCUCCACUAUAGCUGGCUGUUAUCCUAGGAGAUUGUGAGUUUGCUGAAUAUUUGAUAAAUCGUGGCGCAAAUAUUAACAUUCAAUGCACUGGAAUGACUGCAGUUUACUUGCCUGUUCAUUUGGCUGUUAUACAAGAAAACCAGGAAAUGGUGGAGCUGCUGAUAAAGUACAAUACAAACCUCGAUGUAAGCUCUCCAAUGGGGUUGCCGAUUCAUUUGGCAAUAAUACGUAACAAUCUAAACAUUGUUAAGAUUCUCCUAAAAGCUGGUGCUGAUCUUAAAACUCCAUUACAUCUUGAUUCAGUCUCAAGAUUGGCGCUUUCUCGUGGAAAUAUUAAAGUUUUUGAUUUUUUGUUGGAUAUCGGGGUAGAUUUCAAGAAUGACUGUUAUCUCGAUUUGAUUAAAGCUGGAUUUUAUCCUGAAGCUGAAGAACCCAAGAUUAAUCAUCACUUUGUUAAGUUGAAGGCUGCUGAUUUCUUUGUCGCCCCCAAAAAUCUUCAGUUUAUUAAAGAUGAAUCGUUCAAUGACUUUCACAAUAAAUGUUACGCAGAAGUCGAGUUGAUGAAGAACGCUAGAAUCGAUGGGACCAGUGUCAGUUUCUACGAUGUUUUGCAUAAGAGCAAGCAACAACUGGUCGCUGAUCUGCAGAAUGUUGGCGAAAAUGUUGGUGUCACUGAGCUAGAAUUGCGGGAAAAGUUUCCAUUGUACGGAGGAUGGAUUUGCUACCGGUUGGAAUACGAGCAGAAGAAAAACUUGGGUGGAAAUUCUGAUGAUCAGUAAAAUAUACAAUUUUAAUUCAUUAUUUUUGUAUAAAACUCAAUUUAUAAUUAAUUAAGAAUAUUUUUUUAAUUGUAUUUUUAGGUAUCUAUCUCAAUAAAUAAGUUUAAUAUUUGAAACAAAUAAGAAAAAUAUUUGUUGAUUGAAAACAUAAUUUUUUCAUCACAAACCAUCAUAAUAAAGUGAAAACGACUUGUAGGUGUUUAGAGACAUUUAGUGAGUCUGUUUUCGCGAUGGAAAUCUCAACAACACGCCAUUUUUUUAAUUUUAAAAAUUUUUUUAUUUCCAGAUAUAAUUAUACUCAUACAUUAAAAAUACGUUUCACUCAGAUUUAAAAUUUCCUCUCUUUUUUAUUGUCAAAUAAUUAAAAGAGCCAAACUUGAUACGUCAGCCAGGUCAAUUUUUUUA